AUGGCUUCUCGAAAAAAGGUUUUACUUAAGGUUAUCAUUUUGGGUGAUUCAGGUGUUGGUAAAACUUCACUAAUGAAUCAAUUUGUUAAUCGAAAAUUCUCUAAUCAAUACAAAGCAACAAUUGGUGCGGAUUUCUUAACAAAGGAAUUACAAAUCGACGAUCGAUUAGUCACAAUGCAGAUUUGGGACACAGCAGGUCAAGAACGAUUUCAAAGCUUAGGUGUGGCAUUCUAUCGUGGUGCUGAUUGUUGUGUACUUGUUAUGGACGUCACAUCACCAACGUCAUUCAAAUCAUUAGAAAGCUGGAAAGAUGAAUUCCUUAUUCAAGCUGGUCCACGUGACCCAGAAAACUUUCCAUUUGUGGUUAUUGGCAAUAAAAUUGAUUUAGAAAAUCGAAUGAUUCAAGCUCGAAAAGCUCAAGCUUGGUGUCAAGAAAAAAACAAUAUUCCUUAUUUUGAAACAUCCGCUAAGGAAGGUAUCAAUGUUGAGAAAGCAUUUGAAACUGUUGCACGUAACGCUCUAGCCAGAGAAAAAGAAAUCGAUCAACAAGCCGAUUUUCCAAUGCCAAUCCGUAUUCCACAACAAGAAGAACAACCGAAGAAAGACGGAUGUUCAUGUUAA